GCGGAGUCGCUGCCGCUGGAGAUGGUCACAUAUAUUCUGAGCUUCCUGCCUCUGUCAGAUCAGAAAGAGGCCUCCCUCGUGAGCCGGGCUUGGUACUGUGCAGCCCAGAUUGCCCUUCGGGAGAGGCUGUGGCUGCCCUUUGCCACCAGCAACCAGGCCUUACCUCCCUGGACCUCAGCGGCUGCUCAGAACUGGCUGAUGGAGCAGUCCUGGCUGUGAGCCGGGGCCUGCGGCACCUGCGGCGCCUGAGCCUGAGGAAGCUGCAGCGGCUGACAGAUGCGGGAUGCUCAGCCCUAGGGGGCCUGCAGGAGCUGCAGAGCCUCGACAUGGCCGAGUGCUGCCUGGUGAGAGGGCAGGAACUGGCCCAGUCCCUGGGCUCAGUGUGCGGAGCUCCACCCUCACUGGCCUCCCUCAGCCUGGCCUACUGCUCCUCACUCAAGGACGCCUCAGUGCUCUCCCUGAUCCCAGCGCUGGGCCCACGCCUCAGGGUGCUAGACUUGUCCUCCUGUGUGGCCCUCACCAACCAGACUCUGCAGGCCAUCUGCACCUACCUCACCCACCUCUCAGUCCUGCGCCUGGCCUGGUGCAAGGAGCUGGGUGACUGGGGGCUCCUGGGGCUGGGGCAGCCCAUCAAGGCACCUUCGCAGGAGCCUCAGCCCCACGAAGAGCUGGAGUACCGGGCCUCCAGCCCCAAGGACCCCUCUCCCCAGCCACAGGGCCCCUCCCUGCUCAUGCUGCAGGCCCUGCGGGAGCUGGACCUCACAGCCUGCAGCAAGCUGACUGAUGCCAGUUUAACCAAGGUGCUCCGCUUCCCCCAGCUGAGGCAGCUGUCACUGAGCCUGCUGCCAGCACUCACAGACAAGGCCUUGGUGGCUGUGGCCAAGGGCUGCCCCAGCCUGGAGCGCUUGGCGCUGAGUCACUGCAGCCUCCUCAGCGACCAGGGCUGGGCACAGGCAGCCAGCUCUUGGCCAAGGCUGCAGCACCUCAACCUGUCUAGCUGCAAUCAGCUCACGGAGCAAACUCUGGAUUCCAUCGGGCAGGCGUGCAGGCAGCUGCGGAUGGUAGAUGUGGCCAUGUGUCCCGGCAUCAGCAUAGCCUCCGUCAGGCGUUUCCAAGCCCGACUGCCUGAGGUGAUCUGCAUCCAGUCCCGCUUCGUGGGAGGGGCAGACCUGACCUUAACACUCUGAGGCCAGAUCAGUGACCAGUGGCUCAGCCUCUGUCACCUCCAGCAUCCCCGGCCCGGGCCUCUUGACCUGGAGUUUGACUCAGCGCCUCCUGCCCCUCUCUGUUAUAUGCCCCAGAGGGCCUUCCCCAAGCUAGAAACCCCUCCACUGGGUCUGAGUAGGAUGAUACCGGGACAGCCCACCAGGCUUCUUGCCUGCCUGCCCCACAGCCCACAGGAAGCUUCUCCAGCUACAUGGCACUGCCACAGGCCCCCGAAGAUGCCAGAUCCUGCUCACCUGUCCAGGCAUGGGUCCAGAGGCCGGGCCUUUUGGGGCUGGGUCUGGUGCUGGAAAGAGUGGACCCCGGUACCUUUUGUUCCACCCACUUCUCACACUAAGGCCUGUGCCCGGCCUUGUUCCCUGCAGCUCUCCCAGCCCCUCCACCAGCACUGAGUUUUAGCAGCUAAGCCACAGUCUUUGUUGUA